GCUGGGAGUUGCUGGGCUUCUGGCCUGGGUAGUGCUGGGGCCUCAUUGAUGGAGGGGGCUGAGUCUGGUUAUUUUGUGCGGGCGGUGGAGCGGCACUCUGGUGCGGAGCUGCGCAUUAAGCAGUGCAGCGCCGGCGAUGUGGGCUGUGUGGUGUGGGACGCGGCGCUGGUGUUGGCCAAAUACUUGGAGACCAGCGCCUUUUACCGGGAUGGCCUCCACGCUUUUACUGGGAAGACCGUAGUGGAGCUGGGCUCAGGGACUGGAGUGGUGGGACUGAUGGCUUCUGUUCUGGGGGCACACGUCACAGUCACAGAUCUUGAAGAGUUGCAGGAUUUACUUAACAUAAACAUCAAUGAUAACAAGCACUUGGUUACUGGUUCUAUCCAAGCCAAGGUACUUAAAUGGGGUGAAAGUGUGAAAGACCUUCCACCUGACCCAGACUACAUUCUUGUGGCAGACUGUAUUUACUAUGAACAGUCUUUAGAGCCCUUGCUAAGGACCAUGAAGGAACUUACAGGGAACAGUAGCUGUAUCUUAUGUUGCUAUGAAGAGAGGACAAUAGGAAACAACCCUAAAAUAGAGAUCAGUUUCUUUGAGCUUUUGCAGUCUGAUUUUGAAAUAGAAGAGAUUCCAUUGGAUAGGCAUGAUGAGGAAUACAGAAGUGAAGACAUUCAUAUUUUACACAUAAAGAGAAAAAGACAUCAUUAAAGCCUCCUUACCUUGAAACAAAAACUUGGACUGUUUGUUUUCAUAUUCCCCCACAAAAUAAUUCAACCUUGAUGUAAGAAGGGACCAUUCUUAGUAGUUUUAUUUAAAUAUAACUACUACAGAAGUAAAUGUAACUUAUUUUUUAUAGCCCAUGAUAUGUUCAAUCCUGUGGAUGUCACCUAUUCUAUUUUUUAUUGAAUGUCAUUGCACUGUUAUUUUUCAGAUGUCAGUGUUGUUAUCUUUUCUGGCAUUUAUUCUUGGCAGUAAUACAAGCUGUAUGAUUGAUGAUGCAGAUCUCUCUUGUUUGAGCCCACAUUUAAUUUGUACAAUAACCAUAAAUAUCAGAUGCUGUAGGAGAGGUGACUGGCUUACUCCAGCUGCUAUUUCUCUAAAUACACAGGUGUUCAAUCUGAUUUCUGCUUGUGGUUCAUUAACAGCUUGAGCUUUGUCUUGAUUUGUGACAUUACAGCAUAUUUUUUUUUAUAUUGGAUUUAUCCUCUCAUAACAUUCACAUUUGAAUUCAGCAAUGUUCAGACAGGCUACUGGAAUUUUUCUAAACCAUUGUUUAUUUCCUUUUAGAGUUAUAUAGAGCAAAUUGUAUUAAAAUUUGUUGGUUGGUUUUCAACAGUUAUUUUUAAUUGUGAUUUUCAAACAAGUUUAAUCUUUUUCAAACCUGCGCUGACUACAUUGACCAUUAGGGUUUCAAUGACCUGAGAAUUAGAUUAAUCUCUAUAAUUUUGUAAUUGUUUAAUGCCUACACAAAUUAAUGUUGCACUUGUAACCCUUUUGAGCUAGUAAGCUUGAUGAAGGUAUUCGUUAAAUAGUUGCAACACUUCUGAACCUGAAUUCUAGGAAAAGAAUGAUGUGAUUGACUCUUAACUGCCCUCUGAAAUGGCCUAACAAGUCACUCAGUUCAAGGACAAUUAGGGAUGAGCAACAAAUGCAGGCCUUACCAGCAACACCCACGUCCCAUGAAAGAAUAGAAUAUAAAAUGGUGCUACGUCAUGUCAUCUGUUAUGCCUCUGAGACAUGCACAACAAACAGACUAUUCAUAUGCUGAAUACAUUUGAUAUGUGGACAUAUGGAGGAUGUUCCACAUAUCCUACACAGAAUAAGUGCUGGAAAUGGCUGGAGAAAAGAGGAAAUUAUGCAUAACAUCAAAGAGGAAGAUAAAUACUUUGGCCACAUCAUUAGAGCAGAUGGUAGACAGAAACAAUUAUUGGAGGGAAAGAUAGAUGAAAAACAUAGAGGGAAGCAGAAGAGAAAAUGGAUGACUGAUAUAAUGGACUAGUUGACCUAUGUGGAAUGUGUAAAAGCAGCAGAUUUAAGCUUUUGGGCAGGAUGUGAGGGAAAAUUGUUUUUAUGCAGCAAGUGGCAAUUACCUGGAACUUGUUGUCUACGAGGGGAUUGGAAGUGGAGACAACGAUUUCAAAAGGAAAUUCAAUGGGCACUUGAAGGAAAUAAACUUGCAGGGUUGGAGAAUAGGACUGACCAGAGAUCUGGUAUGGAUUUGAAGGGCCAAAUGGUCACUUGUACUGAACUGACUAAAAUAAUUAGUUUAAAUUUUCCCAAACCUUUAAGUCACUUUGGUAUGCAAUCUUAGUUAUUUCAUUUUAAUUUUGUAACAUUUGAUAUACCUGAUGUGCAUUUCUGCUGCAUAGUUGACAUAAUCAUAUGCAAGGAUGAUCAGACAUUUGUGAAGGAAGUUAAUUUUCCAUAACUUCCUCUUGGUUUAAAUAUGUUUAGUUGAAUACAGUAAUUUUAAAUUCUAUAAUUAUCAGAUGUGUACAUGUUAAAUAAAACUGCAGUAGCUGCUGAUCAUUUCAGAGAUGCAGCAUACUAAUAUUUGUUGGAUGGUCACUGCCCUUGGGAAAGAAGGGAAAGUGUACCUGUCGGUUAAUAGCAGACGAGAAUUUAAACAUUGCUGGAGGGUGAACAUUGGGCCUCAGUCCAUAUUUGACUAUAUAGUGGGAGUUCUAACAAAAUUAUCAUGAAUAAUUAUUUGUUAACUGACCAUUUAUUUUAAUUUACAAACUGUUAAUUGCCAUUAGUUUAAUGCUGCUUUUGCAGAUAUUUCAGAAAUUUUAUAGUUAAAUGUAUUAGUUGAAGGAAUUCACAGAAGCCUAGAAUGUGAUUUAAUUUGAGAGAUUUUUAAAAACAAAUUGCACUUUUUACGUUUCCUAAAAUUAUCUCCAGUAACUCACCCAAGUAACAGUUUUUCUAGGCAGCUCAACCAUAAGGCCAUAAAAUGACCCUGACCUUAUUUGAUGUCUACAUGCGUGUGGAUUUUGUGUUGAGAUAAACCCUUCAAGGACUAACGGGGAAUUCAACUUGACCGAGAAUAGCUGGUAUGUACAUAUAGUGAUGGCCUGUAGGCAGCAUAAGGAGGGAGAAAACUGAAUGCAAGUAUUGUAAAACGAAUUUAGAAGUACAAUUAGAAUUUACAUUAAUUGUGCUUGCAGGUGUCUUUUGAUGGAAUUACUGUAGUUCUGUUGAUGGGCCAGUCAAAUGUAACCAAUCCUGAUUUUUUUUUUCAACUAGUAACAUUUUCAGUUUUAAAAACAAAAAACUGUGGA